AUGGAGCGGGACGGCUGCGCGGGGGGCGGGAGCCGCGGCGGCGAGGGCGGACGCGGCCCCCGGGAGGGCCUGGCGGGGAACGGCCGCGACCCGGGCUCGGGCCGCGCCGCCGAAGCGUCCGGAGAGCCGCAGGCGGCCGCGUCGCUGCUGGCCCCCAUGGACCUGGGGGAGGAGCCGCUGGAGAAGGCGGCGCGCACCCGGCCGGCCAAGGACCCCAACACCUAUAAAGUGCUCUCGCUGGUAUUGUCAGUCUGUGUGUUAACAACAAUCCUUGGUUGUAUAUUUGGGUUGAAACCAAGCUGUGCCAAAGAAAUUAAGAGUUGCAAGGGUCGCUGUUUUGAGAGAACAUUUGGAAACUGCCGCUGUGACGUUGCUUGUGUUGACCUUGGAAACUGCUGUCUAGAUUACCAGGAGACAUGUAUAGAACCAGAGCGGAUAUGGACUUGCAGCAAAUUCAGGUGUGGUGAGAAAAGGUUGUCCCGAAGCCUCUGCUCCUGUUCAGACGACUGCAAGGACAAGGGAGACUGUUGCGUCAACCACGGAUCCGUGUGCCGAGGGGAGAAAAGCUGGGCAGAAGAAGAAUGUGACAGCAUUGAUGAGCCACAGUGUCCAGCAGGGUUUGAAACACCUCCUACCCUCUUAUUUUCUUUGGAUGGUUUCAGGGCAGAAUAUUUACACACUUGGGGCGGACUUCUUCCUGUUAUUAGCAAGCUGAAAACCUGUGGGACAUAUACUAAAAACAUGAGACCAGUAUAUCCAACAAAAACUUUCCCCAAUCACUACAGCAUUGUCACAGGACUUUAUCCAGAAUCCCAUGGCAUCAUUGACAAUAAAAUGUAUGAUCCCCAAAUGAAUGCUCACUUUGCACUUAAAAGCAAAGAGAAAUUUAACCCUGAGUGGUACAAAGGAGAACCAAUUUGGCUCACAGCUAAACAUCAAGGCCUGAAGACAGGCACAUUUUUUUGGCCAGGAUCAGAUGUGAAAAUUAAUGGAAUUUUCCCAGACAUCUAUAAAAUCUAUAAUGGUUCAGUACCAUUUGAAGAAAGAAUUUUAGCCGUUCUUAAGUGGCUACAGCUUCCUAAAGAUGAAAGACCACACUUUUACACUCUGUAUUUAGAAGAACCAGAUUCUUCGGGUCACUCUUAUGGACCAGUCAGCAGUGAAGUCAUCAGAGCUUUGCAGAGGGUUGACAACAUGGUUGGCAUGCUGAUGGAUGGUCUGAAGGAGCUGAACUUGCAUAGAUGCUUGAACCUCAUCCUCAUUUCAGAUCAUGGCAUGGAACAAGGCAGUUGUAAGAAAUAUGUGUAUCUGAAUAAAUACUUGGGAGAUAUUAAAGAUGUUAAAGUUGUAUAUGGACCUGCAGCUCGCCUGAGACCCUCUGAUGUUCCAGAUAAAUACUAUUCAUUUGAUUAUGAAGGCAUUGCCAAAAAUCUUUCUUGCCAGGAACCAAACCAGCACUUCAAACCUUACCUGAAACAAUUCUUACCCAAGCGUUUGCAUUUUGCCAAAAGUGACAGAAUUGAGCCCUUGACAUUCUAUUUGGAUCCUCAGUGGCAACUUGCAUUGAAUCCUUCAGAAAGGAAAUAUUGUGGAAGUGGAUUCCAUGGCUCUGAUAAUGCAUUUUCAAAUAUGCAAGCUCUCUUUAUUGGCUACGGACCUGGAUUCAAGCACAGCACUGAAGUUGACUCCUUUGAAAAUGUUGAAGUCUAUAACUUAAUGUGUGAUUUACUGAAUUUGACCCCAGCUCCCAAUAAUGGGACUCAUGGAAGCCUUAAUCACCUUCUAAGCAAUCCUGUCUACACUCCAAAGCAUCCCAAAGAAGUCCGCUCCCUGGUCCAGUGCCCCUUCCCAAGAGCGCCCAGGGAGAGCCUCGACUGCUCAUGUGAUCCCUCAAUUUUGCCAAUUGUGGAUUUUCAGACACAGUUGAAUCUGACCAUGGCAGAAGAGAAGACCAUUAAGCGUGGCUCUCUGCCCUAUGGAAGACCCAGAGUUCUCCAGAACAGCACUGUCUGUCUGCUUUAUCAGCACCAGUUUGUGAGUGGCUACAGCCAUGACAUCCUGAUGCCUCUUUGGACAUCCUACACCAUCGACAGAAAUGCAAGUAUUUGUCACCUCUUUGCCUCUGACAGUUUCUUUAAAGAAGACUUUUCCAACUGUCUUUACCAGGAUCUCCGAAUUCCUCUUAGUCCUGUCCAUAAAUGUUCAUUUUAUAAAAAUAACGCUAAACUGAGCUAUGGGUUCCUCUCCCCACCACAAUUACAUAAAGGUUCAAGUCAAGUAUAUUCUGAAGCAUUACUUACUACUAAUAUAGUGCCUAUGUACCAGAGUUUUCAAGUUAUAUGGCACUACUUGCAUGGCACCUUACUGCAGAAGUAUGCUGAAGAAAGAAAUGGUCUCAAUGUUGUCAGCGGUCCUGUGUUCGAUUCUGAUUAUGACGGACGUUAUGAUUCCUUGGAGACUCUGAAGCAAAACAGCAAAAUCAUCCGUAAACAGGAAGUUCUGAUUCCAACUCACUUCUUCAUUGUGCUAACAAGUUGUAAAAACACAUCCCAGACUCCCUUACAGUGUGAAAAUUUAGAUCCCUUGGCUUUCAUUUUGCCUCACAGGACUGAUAAUAGUGAAAGCUGUGCGCACGGGAAGCAUGAAUCUUUAUGGGUUGAAGAGUUGUUGAAGCUACACAGAGCUCGGAUCACAGAUGUUGAACACAUCACCGGACUCAGCUUCUAUCAAGAAAGAAAAGAGCCAAUUUCAGACAUUUUAAAGUUGAAAACACAUUUGCCAACCUUUAACCAAGAAGACUGA